AUGGCUGUGGUUGCGUCCCCUCCCCUACCGUCAAUGGAUGUGAUGAUGAGCGACUCUCCAGACGAUGAGAUUGCCCAAGUCAGAGCUGAAAUUGAAAAACUCACCCAACAGCGCAAACUCCUGACGGCUUCUUUGCUUGCAUCAACAAAAAUCCAGUCGCGCCUCUCAGAUCAAUCUCCAGCCUCGAACGCAUCCUCAAACGACCACAAUCCUCUACAACCGGAAGACCUAUACCAGCACUCCCAAACGAACGCCCACCGGCUCGCUUUUGGUGUGACCUCAUUCCCUUUCCACGAUCCCUCCCCCGAAUUGCAGUCGCGGAACCCGCUACUCGGGAUCAGGAUUGACAUCUGCAAUCGCAAAGGCCUUUUCGAUAGUCCUUAUUAUAUAUUCUGCGUCCGGGCCAGAGACACAGGAAAUGAGUUGCGGAUCCACCGACACACCAUUCCGGCGCUGGUGCCUUUGGAGCACUAUGAAAAGCAGUAUCUUCCUGGGUCUGAUGAAGAAGGAUUCGGUGGUUCAGACGACUCUGGACUCAACGUCUACGAAGGGGCAACACCAACGAAACAAGAUCUCCACACUCUCGUUUCUCGGGUCAGAUAUGAUCUUGUGAACUGGCGACUGAGGCGAGACGCAACAGAAUGGCUACAAGAGGAGUUGGAGAUUCCGGAGCUCCCCACAAGACCUUCUAAAGAUCAAGUAGAAGAUGCGAAAGCCAACAACGAUAAACCCAUUGACGGGGGUCUGGGCUCCCCCGAAAGCGUAGAAAAUGACCCAGAUCGUGGAUCUGAUGACGAAGACGACGACGAAGAGGAGAACCUCGCUGGAAAAUUCAACGUAUGCUCCCUUACUGCCCUGGAGGUGGACGCACGACAGCUCCGUAUCGUUUGGUCCGAUGACCGCGUAGGUCGGAUCAAAAUCUCCGACAAUGGAAAGAUCGAGAAGGCCGUUGUUAUUGGCUUGGACGGCAAUAGGGUCAAGGAUAUUGAGAGGAUUCUGAUGGGUGACGGUGAGGGAAGCGUUCAUCUUUAUGACUUGGUGGGCCGGCUGGAGGAGGUGUAUAAGAAAUCUGCUGGAAUGAAGACCGUGGAAUGA